UUUUUUUUCCACCCCAUCCUUAUCGAGCAUCAUGGAGGAAUGAAGCGCAUCGGUUAAUUCGCUUCCAGACUUGGCGAAUCACUGCGAUGCGUGCGUGAGCUGGCCACGCUGCUCCAAAACGGAGUAGACGGAGAAAAAAAAAGACAGACGACGACAUGGGUCAAGUUUCACGAAAUCAAGCAUGGUGGCACGUUGGCCACGCUUCGCAUUUCGAUUACCUACCGCACAGUGACCGGGAAUGCCCGUAAAUUUGACGAGUUAUCGAGUGGACAUCCGUUAGACCCAUGAGGGUUUUUGAAAAGCCAGAUACUUGAUUGAAUGUCGCCGCGUGUGCAGAAGAGCUCUGCUUCAAAAACUUUGGAUUCACUAGACUUCCUCGCGCCCAAUAUUCGUAACUCAGGACCCCAUAUUCAUAAAGUACACAUAUCCACCAAUCACAAUUUCUUUGUUUCCCCACUCUCGCCCACAUAAAUAUGCCGCAUUUCUCAAAUGGUGGAUACUACGUACUCAAGGACGCUUUGAACCACGACAACUCUGCCUCUAUAUCCAGCACUACGCUACUCCCGUGUGCAUGCUUUGAUGGUCGUCUCAGGUUAGGCGGUGGGAAGAAUCGUUAGUGACAGGCCACAACGGACCAUUAAGCGACGAUAAUGGAUCACUGAUUUGUGCUUGUCCCACAAGGAAGAGAUUGCAAGGUUGUAACAAGUUGAAUUCCGGAUGACGAAUGGUCCUUGCCCAAUAAUAAAGAAUAAUGGUGCUGUCUUCCCCCCUUCCGUCGUUCAAAUCACAAUUUCGCCUCUCACUCUCAUUUUUUUACAAGUCUUACUUUCUUCAUCAAGAGACAAAUCGUUACCUUGCAAUAACAGUGCGACACGACAUGGUCUUACAGUCUUCUUACUUGGAUACGCAAGAAGGCGACAACUGUUCUUCGUCCAUGCCUCCCUAUCCUGUCGACGCUACCCACCAAUCCCAGGUUGCCUUACAAUCCGCCCUUUCCAUCUUCCUUCCACGCAUAUAACUGUCGAAAGCUGUUCACCGCUGCGGCGAUCAAUGAUGUCGCUUUUUCGCAGGCAAUUGAUGAUAUCACAUCCAGGUAUCAAUACGAUGCCCUCGGUGCACCAUAUCCCCCUGCGGAGCAACUACGUCUCAAUACCUUGGCCAACGAGGUUAAGUCUAGUGCUAAUCAGCUUUAUAAUGCACUGCGUAUGGCUCGAUCUACAGACCUGUCUCAGGAUCAUUCUUCACAAUAAUGCGAAUACUGUUCUCAGGCUUCUAUGUGCUGCACGUGGCGAUAAACGUUGUCGUAGAUAAUUUUCAUACUAGUACAUGUCAUGUUAUUAUUAUCUAUUGGGUAUUCGGAGAAGAAGGGCGACAGCAAUCGUUUCAACUUUAUAUACUCAUAACAAUAUGAUA